AUGUCUUUAAUUCAACGUUAUUCAAUUGAACAUUCAUCUAUUACUGGUGCUAAUCAUCAAAUUCAGAAUGAUAAUACAUCAAUAGCACAGAUUGUGAAUGAUGUAGCAGCUAUAAAACAACAAGAUGUCGAUGAAAAAUGUUACUUUCAUUCACUAAAUGAUCGUUUUGAAGAUUUACUUCAUUAUUUAGAUAGCUUGGAAUUAGGAAAUAGAAAUUUAGGUAAUAAUCUUAAUUUAUUGAUAACAAAUUGGGGAAUCGCCGAAGAAAGUCAUGCUCAAUUUUUACAUGAACUUAAUAAUUUAUUACACAAUUUAUCCGAACAAAACCGUUGUAAAAUAAUUGCACAAAUUGAAACAAAAAUAUUUGAUGAACAAAUACGAUUAACUGAUCGUAUUCAAGCUAUUUUUCUUAAUGUACUCAAUUCAUAUAAUGAAAAACACGAUAUAUUAUUUUACUUAAUAAAUCAAUUAGAAAAUGAAUCACAUAAGAAUCAACUUCGACUUGAUAUAAGUAACGAUCUAAUAAAAUCUCAUGAGGAUGAUUAUCAAAAAGAAUUAACUAGAUUUCGUUUCUAUCUAUCAGAAUGGUCACAAAUGGCAUUAGAUAAACAAAAUUUAUUAAAUGAAAUUCAAUCACUUAAAGAAUAUUAUAAUCUUCGUUUACGUUAUAAUCAAGAAGAAAUUAAUGAAUGGAAACGUUUAUUAAAUCGUUUAACACAAGAUUCAAGAAACUUUUAUCGAGAUUCUUUAGAAACAAUAAAACAACAAUUACAAAUUGAUUAUGAACAAAUGCUUAAAGAACAACACAUGGAUAUCGAAAUAGAAUUACUAACAAAAUUAAAAGAAAUACAAGAUAAAAUUCAUAUGAAUUCAUCUAUUGAUGAACAUGAUGAACAACGAUGUCGUGAAGAAACUCAACAUUUCGAAAAUUGCCUUCAGGAGCAUACAAAAGAAUAUGAUCGUCUUGAAUCUGAUUAUCGAAAAUUAGCUGAAGAAAUUCAGCAUAAACGACAAAUAUUAAAAGAUCUUGAAAAUCAAGUUAAAACAAAAGCACUUAAAUAUGUUGAACAGCAUGCUCAUCUUGAACACGAUACUGAUUUAACACGUGCAGAAUAUUAUGCAUUAAAAGAUGAAUUAGAUAAAUUAGUUUAUACACUUCGUUUUAGUAUUGAAGAAGAAUUAAAAAUUUAUGAAGCUUUAUUAAAUUCAUUAGAUCGAGAAAGCAAUGCUGAUUCAUCUCAUAAUACAUCAACUCACUCUCGAUUAUCUAAAACCAGUAUUACAAGAACAACGGAUAUUGAUCAUUCAUCGAAAUGUCAACCUUCACUUGUAUCAAGAAAUGUUAUAUCAACAAAAUAUAAUGAAAGUAUUAAUCGUAAUCAAUAUGGAAUUCAACAAAAUAUACUUAAUCAUAAUCAAAACACGACAACACAAACAAUACGACCUUUUGUAUAUGAGACGGACGAACGAGAACAAAUGAGUAGAGGCAUGAAUCGAAACGAGCACGAUAUGUCAGAACGUGAUCAGGAAUAUGAACAAAGCAUAACUCAUGUUAAACGAAAGAUUCGUAUUAAAUCUGUUGAUAUUCAAGGUUGUUUUGUUGAUAUUGAAAAUAUAGGUAAUCAACCGUAUGAUCUUACUGGAUGGUAUAUUGAACGAAUAGUUGAUGGUCGACAUAUGAAUUAUACAUUUCCUGCAUUUAAACUUGAUUCAUAUGAAACCGUUCGAAUUCAUGGAAAUUAUGAUCAACAAUCAUCAUUAUCAAUUACAGAUGGUUCUUAUCUACAACUUAUUGCACCAAAUUUUAAUGAUUGGGAUACAGGACAACAAAUGCGUACAGAGUUAUUUAAUCGUGAUAAUAUUGUUAAAGCACUAUUUGAACAAACAAUAGACGAUUAA